AUGAAGAGGCCGGAGGAAGAUUGGGAAGUCGUUGGCUUCUCGGGAACGAUGGGGACCGCGACCGGUGGGAAGGGGGACGUCAUGAUCGACGCGGAACCGGGAGGUCUACCGUCGGGGAGGUUCGGCGAAAAGGGCACGCUCCGCCGAAGGGGGCGAACCGGGUGGCUUCGAGGCUCGUCGACCCGGCCGGUCAAGAUCGAGGAGGACGUCCACCCGGACCUGGACAGGUCGAUCGUCGACCACAUGGGCCCGGCCGGAGGUGAGGGGCCGCGGUUGGACGAGAUCACGGGCAAAGGGGCCAGCGAGGACAUGCUCCGCCCGACCGUCAACGUGGGCGUCAUGCGGGGAGGAGGGAUCAAGGUCAACAUGAUCCCGGACCGGUGCGCGGUCGAGGUGGACGUCAGGUUGCCCCAUCGGCCUGACCGAGGAGGUCGUCCUGCGGUGGAAUACGCGGUCCAAGAGGCCGCGAGCAACCCGUCCAGUCAUGGCGCUGUCGACCACGAGAUGAUCGCGAGGCUGGCCGGGGCCGGGGAAGAGGUGACGGGCCGGGAAUCCCUGGCCGUCCCUGGCCUCGGUGCCACGGACGCCAAGUUCUGGAGGUCCCACGGCGUGCCCGCCUUCGUGUACGGUGUCGGCCCUCGGACCAUGGCCGCCGCCGUGGAUGACCGAGUCGGCGUGGACGAGUUUGUCAGCGUGGUCAAGGUACAUGCUGCCGCCGUGUGGGAUUAUCUAGGUGGCGCCCAGUAG